CUCUCGCUCUUUAUAUAAGGGGCCAAGUUGCGUGGCGUGACAAAGAGAACUCGUCAAACAACCACAACAUGGAGCGUCUCCUCCUGCUUCUCGUUUUGGGCCUCACAGGAGCGUCCUUGCUGGAGGACAACAAGCUGUGCCCGCCUCACUCCAGACCCUGGCAGGUGUCCCUCCAAAGCCGAAGGACGAGAUGCAGCGGCGCCCUCGUAGACAAAUGGUGGCUGGUGACGUCCGCCGCCUGCGCGCCCAUAGGGACCGCUAUCAACGCGUCGUUGGGGGAACACGACGUGACGGCGGAGGAGGGCACCGAGCAGCACAUUCCUGUGGCGGAAGUUAUCCGCCACAGCCCGUACCGGUCGCCCCUCCACAGCCUGGCCAUGGUGCGCCUCGCCCGGCCGGCCCGCCUGACCCAACAAGUGCAGCCCAUCGGCCUGCCGGGCCGCUGCCCUCGGCCCGGAGAGAGCUGCAGCGUCAGCGGCUGGGGCUCCACCGUCCCCAACCAAUACGAGGAUCCGAAGCGACUGAAGUGUUUGACGGUGCCUGUUGUGGAAGAUCAAAGUUGCAUCAACACUUUCCCCGACUUCAUCUUCUGGAGCUUGGGGAUGGUGUGCGCUGGCGGAGCCGACGCCACCGGCUGCUUGUAUGACAAAGGCGCAGUGCUGGUGUGCGACGGACAGCUGCAGGGCGUGCAGUGGUUCAGUCACGGCUGUCAGAACGCCGAGCACCCCAGCGUCUACACCAAGCUGUGCAAGUACAACGAGUGGAUGCGCAGAGUGAUGGACAGCCACACGCCGACGACCACCACCGCACGGGCCACGACCUUCAAGAGGCCUUGAGGGGGCAAUGGGGGGUAGUAACAAAAUGC